CAACAAUCUCGUUUUGGUUUGCAUGCCAUGGCUUCAAACACCAUGGCCGGCUUGUUUACUGGUUCUCACGCCCGAGAUGAACUCCAUGUUGUGAAUGGCACUGAAGAGAACCGGCCUCCGACAAGGCAGUCGGUGUCUUCAUCGAAAGUGUGCAGGGUUUGUGGGGAUGAAAUUGGAUACAAAGAAGAUGGGGAGUUGUUUGUGGCAUGUCAUGUUUGCGGCUUCCCAGUUUGUCGGCCUUGUUAUGACUAUGAAAGGAGUGAAGGCAACCAGAGCUGCCCUCAGUGCAACACUCGUUAUAAGCGUCAAAAAGGUUGUCCUAGAGUUGCUGGAGAUGAGGAAGACUUUGAUGCAGAUGAUUUUGAUGAUGAGUUUCAGAUCAAGAUUGAUCACCAUGAUGAGUCUACAGAAAAAAAUAACUUCGUUAAUCAUUCGGAAAAUGGAGAACACACUCAACAGCAGUGGCAUCACAACGAUCAACCUUUCUCUGUUGGAGGAAGUGUUGCUGGUAAGGAUUUUGAAGGUGAGAAAGAAGUUUUGAGCAAUGCAGAGUGGAAAGACAGAGUGGAGAAAUGGAAAGUAAGGCAAGAAAAGAAAGGUUUGGUGAACAAAGACGACAGAAAUGAUGACCAAGGCUACGAAGAUGACUUCCUUUUGGCUGAAGCCCGGCAACCACUGUGGCGAAAAGUACCCGUCUCAUCAAGCAAAAUCAGCCCUUACCGCAUAGUCAUUGUCUGCCGGCUUGUUAUUCUGGCCUUCUUCUUCCGUUUUCGAAUUUUAACUCCGGCAUAUGAUGCUUAUCCUUUGUGGAUCAUAUCUGUAAUUUGUGAGAUAUGGUUUGCAUUUUCUUGGAUACUUGAUCAGUUCCCCAAGUGGAACCCCAUCAACCGUGAGACUUACCUAGACCGCCUGACCAUAAGAUUUGAGCGUGAGGGUGAGCCUAACACAUUAUCAUCAGUUGAUGUGUAUGUGAGUACAGUGGACCCUCUCAAGGAGCCUCCAAUCAUUACUGCAAACACAGUUCUAUCGAUCUUAUCUGUUGACUACCCUGUUGACAAGAUCUGCUGUUAUGUAUCGGAUGAUGGUGCUUCAAUGCUCCUUUUUGAUUCCCUAUCAGAGACUGCUGAAUUCGCAAGAAGAUGGGUGCCAUUUUGCAAAAAGCAUAACAUUGAGCCUAGGGCCCCUGAGUUCUAUUUCUCUCAGAAGAUUGAUUACUUGAAGGACAAGGUGCACCCAAACUUUGUGAAGGAGCGUAGAGCCAUGAAGAGAGAGUACGAAGAAUUCAAAGUGAGGAUUAAUGCAUUGGUGUCAAAGGCUCAGAAGAAACCAGAAGAGGGUUGGGUAAUGCAGGAUGGUACUCCAUGGCCUGGGAACAACACUCGUGAUCAUCCGGGAAUGAUCCAGGUUUAUCUGGGAAGUGAGGGAGCACUAGAUGUGGAUGGUAAGGAACUGCCUCGUCUUGUGUAUGUUUCACGUGAGAAACGUCCCGGCUAUCAACAUCACAAGAAAGCUGGUGCCAUGAAUGCUUUGGUUCGAGUUUCUGCAGUGCUUACUAAUGCACCUUUCAUGUUGAAUCUUGAUUGUGACCACUACAUCAACAACAGCAAGGCUGUAAGAGAAGCUAUGUGCUUCCUAAUGGAUCCCCAACUCGGGAAGAAGCUAUGCUAUGUUCAAUUUCCUCAAAGGUUUGAUGGAAUUGAUCGGCAUGAUAGAUAUGCUAAUCGAAAUGUUGUGUUCUUCGAUAUCAACAUGAGAGGCCUAGAUGGGAUCCAAGGACCAGUGUAUGUUGGUACUGGAUGUGUCUUCAAUAGACAAGCAUUGUAUGGCUAUGAUCCUCCAGUGUCUGAAAAGCGACCUAAGAUGACAUGUGACUGCUGGCCUUCAUGGUGCUUCUGUGGCUGUUGUCGCGGUUCAAAGAAGUCUAAGUCUAAGUCUAAGAAGCAUGGGAUAAGAAGUCUUCUUGGGGGAAUUUACACCAAGAAGAAGAAAAUGAUGGGGAAAAACUACGUAAGGAAAGGGAGUGCCCCCAUGUUUGAUCUUGAAGAGAUUGAAGAAGGGUUUGAAGGCUAUGAUGAGUUGGAGAAAUCAUCACUUAUGUCACAGAAAAAUUUUGAGAAACGUUUUGGACAAUCUCCUGUUUUUAUUGCUUCCACUCUUAUGGAAAAUGGUGGGCUUCCUGAAGGGAAUAAUAGCCAAACACUCGUUAAGGAGGCCAUUCAUGUCAUAAGUUGUGGCUAUGAAGAAAAAACUGAAUGGGGAAAAGAGAUUGGGUGGAUUUAUGGUUCAGUUACAGAAGAUAUUUUGACCGGCUUCAAAAUGCACUGUAGAGGAUGGAAGUCAGUUUACUGCAUGCCAAAGAGACCAGCUUUCAAGGGAUCUGCUCCUAUUAAUCUAUCAGAUCGGUUGCACCAAGUUCUGAGAUGGGCUCUUGGCUCUGUUGAAAUCUUUCUUAGUCGUCACUGCCCCUUAUGGUAUGCCUAUGGAGGAAAAUUGAAAUGGCUGGAGAGGCUUGCUUACAUCAACACCAUAGUCUACCCUUUCACUUCCAUCCCCUUAAUUGCAUAUUGCACUGUUCCAGCAGUCUGUCUUUUGACCGGAAAGUUCAUCAUCCCCACUCUUAAUAACUUUGCUAGCAUAUGGUUCAUGGCUCUUUUCCUCUCCAUCAUUGCCACUGGCAUCCUAGAGCUCAGAUGGAGCAAUGUUAGCAUCGAGGACUGGUGGCGUAACGAGCAAUUUUGGGUGAUUGGUGGAGUGUCUGCACAUUUUUUUGCUGUCUUUCAAGGCCUCCUCAAAGUCCUGUUUGGAGUUGACACCAACUUUACUGUAACAUCAAAAGCAGCAGAGGAUGCAGAGUUUGGUGAACUCUACCUCUUCAAAUGGACAACUCUUCUCAUACCACCAACCACCCUGAUCAUCUUGAACAUGGUAGGAGUAGUAGCUGGAAUUUCUGACGCCAUUAACAAUGGCUACGGCUCGUGGGGUCCUUUGUUCGGAAAGCUAUUUUUCUCCUUCUGGGUCAUUGUUCAUCUCUACCCCUUCCUCAAAGGUUUGAUGGGAAGGCAAAACAGAACUCCUACCAUUGUGAUCCUUUGGUCAGUUCUUCUUGCUUCCAUCUUCUCAUUGAUUUGGGUGAGAAUUGAUCCCUUCUUGCCCAAGCAAACUGGACCAAUUCUUAAACAAUGUGGUGUGGAAUGCUAGCCAUGCUAUGCUGUUGGGGUUUUCAACUUUCUCUUCAUUGAUUGUCUUCGUAGUUAUGCAACUUUUGCUUGUUUGUCUUCAAAUGUUCUUGGUUUCCAAAGGUCAUUUGUGUAGACACUAUACGUAUAUGAUAUAUUCUUAACAGAGAUUUUUGACACUUAUUUGUGUGACCAGGGACCCGCUGCUACAUGUAUAAAACUUAAUUACAAUACAAAUUAUGUGUUUCUUAUUAUUUU